CUUCCGUCAAAUACUUUGUUUAUCUCUCGACUUUUCCUCAAGUAUCCUUGUGUACUUGACUAUUUCGCAAUAAAAUAAAUAAUUUUCAGUUUCAUCAUCAACGAUGCCGAUUUCCUGCUAAAAGAUAAAUUUAAACGCGAAAUUACCACAAAAUGUCAUUACCGCACUUUGACAGAGAUGAUCCGCGAUUUCGCAUAACUCCGCUACAGCAAUGCGUUUCGUCAUGCACGGGCGCUAUGAUCACGUCGCUGUUGAUGACUCCCUUUGACGUUGUGAAAACUCGUCUUCAGGUCCAGCAAAAAGUACUUGCUUCGAACAAAUGUUUCGUCUUUUGCAACGGAUUAAUGGAUCACCUGUGUCCCUGUUACCCGAAUGGCGAAAAGCCGCGUCUCCAUUUCACCGGCACGAUGGAUGCUUUUGUCAAAAUUUCACAUUAUGAGGGUGUCAGGUCACUCUGGAGCGGCUUAAGUCCUACUUUGGUGUUGGCGCUUCCAACGACAGUCCUGUAUUUCGUGGCUUACGAGCAAUUCCGAUUGCGAUUCAAGAAGUUUGACAUCGAAAAAUUGGGCGGAAAUCGUGAUCAGUUGUCUUUUUGGGUGCCAUUGGCAUCCGGAUCAGCAGCUCGAGUGUUAUCUGUGACGUGUGUGAGUCCCUUGGAGCUAAUAAGAACAAAAAUGCAAUCACAAAAACUGAGUUUUAUGGAAGUUGGGACGGCUUUGAGACAAAUGGUGCGCGAAACGGGCGUCAUUGGCUUAUGGAAAGGACUUUUUCCGACAAUUUUGAGAGAUGUUCCGUUCUCGGCGAUAUAUUGGACGUCGUAUGAGACAUGUAAACGCACAUGCAACGUCACAGAUCCCACAUUUGGCUUCAGUUUUGUGAGCGGAGCCUUUUCGGGAUGCAUCGCAGCAAUGUUAACUGUGCCCUUUGACGUCGUCAAAACCCAUCAACAGAUCGAAUUUGGCGAAAAAGUGUUGUACACCGACAAACCGGGCAAAUCUCCGGGCGUUUUCGAAACUUUGAGCAAAAUUUUCCGUAAUUCCGGCGUAAAAGGACUUUUUGCCGGCAUUGUGCCGCGAUUGAUAAAGGUCGCUCCCGCUUGUGCCAUCAUGAUUUCGUCGUUCGAGUUCGGAAAGACCUUUUUCUAUCAGCACAACGUGAAGAAACAUUACCAAAAAUCGACGUCAGACCCCUUAGGUUACUAGAAAAAUCAAGAAUUCAAGCUUUAUUGUAUGUAAAUUUUUUUGUUAAUUAAUUUGGAACAGAAACGCAGGAAAUAAUUUUAUAUUAGACGAUCAAAAAUUCAUUUUUU